AUGUCCAUAUCUGCGGCUGCUGGUUCCCCGGUCCCCCCGCCGCCCCCGCUCCCCCAGUGGCCAUGGCCGGUGAAGGUGGCAGCAUCCACAGCGUGCCUUGGGUGAUCACCCUCCCACCGCCGCUCAGUGCCCACACCGGCACCAGCCCCUGCCCCGCCGCUGCCGUCCCGAUCGGCGCCAAGCCCGACGACAUGGUCACCUGCUGCUGCUGCUGGUCCUGCUGCUGCUGCGGCGGCGGCGGCGGCGGCGAAGUCUGGAAGUAGCCGGAGGAGUUGCUACUGAUGGGCUGGGACUGCUGCAGUGGCUGCGGCUGGAGCUUCUUCCUCCUCUUGCGGGCGGCGGAGUCGUCGCCGUCGCCGUCGCCGGCGGCGGCAGCGAGGGAGGAAGGGGACUGGGUGGGAACCUUGAGAGUGCCCCCCACAGAGACGGCGAUAGCGGGCACUGUGCCCGUGCCGGUGGCGGCGAUGAUGGCGGGCUCCGCGUGCUCCAGGAGCCACCGGAUGGUCUCCCCGUCGGACUUGUGGCCGAGCUCGCGGGUCAGCUGGAAGAUCCUGGCGGCGCAGGUCGCCGGCAUACGAAUCCUCCGCCCCCUCCCCUCCACCUUCGUGUGCCGGUCCUUUGUCCUCGCCGCCGCUGCCGCCACCACACCGGAAGCCGCCCUCCGCACCACCACCGCCGUCGCCAUGGCCUCCGUCUCCCGCUCUUCCAUCUGCGGGGGCUCCGCCUUGGGAAAUAUCAUAUGCUGCACAGCGGCCGCGCCGCCGCCGCCGGCCCCCAUGCGGAGGUCUGUUCCUCGGUCCUCUUCCUCCUCGAGGCCCUUCUUUUGAUUCUCCAUGGCCCCCGCCACCACCCCCCACACUGAACCAGUAGCAGACCGAGCUGCUGAGGAAGGAGGAGGUGGUGGGUCACAGAGAGAGAGACAGAGAGAGAGAGAGAGAGAGAGAGAGAGAGAGAGAGAGAGAGAGAGAGGAGGAGCGGGAAAGAGAGGGGAGUGGUAGAGAGAGAAAUCUUUUCAACUGCGAGAAUGGUCGGCGGGGUGGGGAUGUGGGACGUGCGUGCAUCUGUCGUUUGCCGUGCCCUUCAAAAAGCCCCCGUCUUGCCCCUCUUUCCCUCCCCCUCCUCCUCCUCCCUCCGUUAGAAAGACAACAUUUUCAGAAGAACCCGGAAAAAAAAAAGAAGAAGAGCGAUUGGCUACACAGAGAGAGCGACUACAGAGCGAGAGAGAGAGUGGGUGUGGGGGGACUAAAACCCUAG